AUGGCAUCCUUUUCACAGAGUGACGACGGCAUGCCCCAGUCCACGGAAACCCACGAUACACCCGCCCCCUCGUCCUCAUCGGUGCCCGCUACAGUGCCUCCGUUCCUGAUGAUACUCAAAGUCGCUGCUAAGCAUCUGCCCACAGAGUUGCUUCUCCGUGUACUGGAGGAGUGGGUUGGUCAACAGCGUGUCAUCAUAGACUGUUCCGGUCAUUCAAAUUACACACUAUCCUACACCAAUCCUGAGAACCCAGACCCCUUUUCUCUGAUCUCCAAGACCAGCGAUACUCCAUCGUCUAUCUUCAAGGAAUACUUUCGUGUCCGGAUCCACUCCUGGCUAACCGACACCAAAAACUUCUCCGACCCCUCAACAUUCUACCUCAGUCAUCUAUUGAUGAGUCUGAAGAUGUUCGACCGGCUAGGAGCCUAUAUCCUGCCCACUGGUCAGCCCUGGGACACCAUGCUACGCGACCCUCACCUCAUUCUACGCGCCAAUUUCCCCAUCCUAAAAGACCACAACAUGCAAUACGCUCUUUUUCCGCACCUCGCCUCACUCCAUGGCUUCGGAAAAAUCAAACUAGACUUCACGUCUGAACAAUACUUCGCCUUCUUCGACGUCUCCGUCCCGCCAUUCCACUACGCUGACACCACCCGCACCAACGACAACCUCUACCCAGACCCCUACUCCCACUCCGCCGGUGCUUUUCUCGCUCACACCCGCGAACUCGAACUACAUUUCGGUACUGCCUACAAAUCCACAAAUCCCUGGUAUAACGUCCAAGAACCCACUUGGUGCGAGACUAAUACGAGCUGGGACUACGGGGAAGCAAGGCUCCGACCGCGCAUUUGUGAGAGUGGGAGGGUUAUCGAUUGGAUAUUGGAGUAUGCGUGGUACGCUGGGUUUCUCUAA